CAAUCUCCUAUACACACAGACCCACACAGCGAGAGCGACACACACUCACACUCACAACUGCACGCAGCGAGGCUCGACAAGUCAGGCCGGCUCCGUGUCCCGGCGCCUCCUCGGCACCAGCAGGCCGGAUCUCCCAGGGGGCCCACAGCUCGACCGGCCGCUCAGCCCGGGACUAGACUAGCUCGGCGGACCCCCGUGCCUCCAUGGGCAAACGCGGGCGGCCGCGCAAGGAGGCGCGCUGCGAGGGCGCGGGGCUGGUCCCCAUCGCACCCCCGGCCAUGCCCCCGGCCGCAGCCGCGCCCCAGCCCCCGGCGCAGCCGGAGGAGCCGGCGGGGGCCAAGCCCCGGUGCCCCUUCUCGGACAUUUUCAACACCAGCGAGAACUCGAUGGAGAAGCACAUCAACACUUUUCUGCAGAACGUGCAGAUUCUGCUCGAGGCAGCCAGCUACCUGGAGCAGAUCGAGAAAGAAAACAAAAAGUGUGAACAUGGCUACGCCUCAUCGUUCCCCCCCAUGCCGAGCCCCCGGCUACAGCAUUCAAAGCCCCCAAGGAGGUUGAGCCGGGCACAGAAACACAGCAGUGGGAGCAGCAACACCAGCACUGCCAACAGAUCUACACACAAUGAGUUGGAAAAGAACCGACGAGCUCACCUGCGCCUGUGUUUAGAACGAUUGAAAGUUCUGAUCCCGCUGGGCCCAGACUGCACCAGACAUACGACACUCGGUUUGCUGAACAAAGCCAAAGCACACAUCAAGAAACUUGAAGAAGCUGAAAGGAAGAGCCAGCACCAGCUUGAGAACCUGGAACGAGAACAGAGAUUCUUAAAGCGGCGACUGGAGCAGCUGCAGGGUCCUCAGGAGAUGGAGCGGAUACGAAUGGACAGCAUUGGCUCAACCAUCUCUUCAGAUCGCUCUGACUCAGAGCGAGAGGAGAUUGAAGUGGAUGUUGAAAGCACAGAGUUCUCCCAUGGAGAAGUGGACAGCAUCAGCACCACCAGCAUCAGUGACAUUGAUGACCACAGCAGCCUGCAGAGUAUUGGGAGUGACGAGGGUUACUCCAGUGCCAGUGUCAAACUUUCCUUCACUUCCUAGAACCCAGCAUGACAUAACAGUGCAGGGCGAAAUAUUCACUGGGCCAAUUCAGUACCGUCUCUUAAAUUGGGUUCAUGAUGUAGUCUCCUCUUUAAAACUAAAAACUAUACUUGAACAAAAGGGUCAGAAGACCUGUAUUUAAGCAAAUACUUAAGAAAAAGUGGGGUGGAGUCUCCCCACUAGAACAAAUAUUCAUAUAUUGGAAAGAUGGAGUUUCUAAGAGCAGCAGAAAGUGCGUGUCAUUCUCUCGAGUUGACUUGAG